GAGCACGCAGGCGCCAUCUUGUCUUGUUCAUGAAGAAGCACCGAGGGUUGGAGAGGUAUUACAGGAACUGUGGCGACAGCGGUGUUACGGAACCAAAGUGGAAGCUUAGAGGAUGUGGGAUCAAGGAGGACAGCCUUGGCAGCAGUGGCCCCUGAACCAGCAGCAAUGGAUGCAGUCGUUUCAGCACCAGCAGGAUCCAAGCCAGAUUGACUGGGCUGCCUUGGCUCAAGCUUGGAUUGCCCAAAGAGAGGCUUCAGGGCAGCAGAGCAUUGUAGAGCCACCACCAACAAUGAUGCCCAACGGACAGGAUAUGCCUGCGAUGGAAUCUGGUCCAAAUAAUCAUGGGAAUUUUCAAGGAGAUUCAAACUUUAACAGAAUGUGGCAACCAGAAUGGGGAAUGCAUCAGCAACCCCCACACCCCCCUCCAGAACAGCCAUGGAUGCCACCAACACCAGGUCCAAUGGACAUUGUUCCUCCUUCUGAAGACAGCAACAGUCAGGACAGUGGGGAAUUUGCCCCUGACAACAGGCAUAUAUUUAACCAGAACAAUCACAGCUUUGGUGGACCACCCGAUAAUUUUGCAGUGGGGCCAGUGAACCAGUUUGACUAUCAGCAUGGGGCUGCUUUUGGUCCACCGCAAGGUGGAUUUCAUCCUCCCUAUUGGCAACCAGGACCUCCAGGACCUCCAGCACCUCCUCAGAAUCGACGAGAAAGGCCAUCAUCAUUCAGGGAUCGGCAGCGUUCACCGAUAGCACUUCCUGUGAAGCAGGAGCCUCCACAAAUUGAUGCAGUAAAACGAAGAACUCUUCCAGCUUGGAUUCGUGAAGGCCUUGAAAAAAUGGAACGUGAAAAACAGAAGAAAUUAGAGAAAGAAAGAAUGGAACAGCAGCGUUCACAACUGUCAAAGAAAGAAAAGAAGGCUACUGAAGAUGCUGAAGGAGCAGAUGGCCCACGUUUACCUCAGAGAAGUAAAUUUGACAGUGAUGAGGAAGAUGAAGAUGGUGAAAACAUUGAGGCUACAAGCAGUGGAAAGGUCACCAGAAGUCCAUCUCCAGUACCUCAAGAAGAGCACAGUGAACCAGAGAUGACUGAAGAAGAAAAAGAGUAUCAAAUGAUGUUGCUGACAAAAAUGCUUUUAACUGAAAUUCUACUGGAUGUCACAGAUGAAGAAAUUUAUUAUGUAGCCAAGGAUGCACACCGGAAAGCAACGAAAGCUCCUGCAAAGCAGCUGGCACAGUCCAGUGCACUGGCUUCCCUCACUGGACUCGGUGGACUAGGUGGCUAUGGAUCAGGAGACAGCGAAGAUGAGAGGAGUGACAGAGGCUCUGAGUCAUCUGAUACUGAUGACGAAGAAUUACGGCACCGAAUCCGGCAAAAACAGGAAGCUUUUUGGAGAAAAGAGAAAGAACAGCAGUUACUACAUGACAAACAGAUGGAAGAUGAAAAGCAACAAACAGAAAGGGUUACAAAAGAGAUGAAUGAAUUUAUUCAUAAGGAGCAAAAUAGUUUAUUACUGCUAGAAGCCAGAGAAGCAGAUGGUGAUGUGGUUAAUGAAAAGAAAAGGACUCCAAAUGAAACUACAUCAGUUUUAGAACCCAAAAAAGAGCAUAAGGAGAAAGAGAAACAAGGAAGGAGUAGGUCAGGCAGUUCUAGUAGUGGCAGUUCGAGUAGCAAUAGUAGAACUAGUAGCACCAGUAGUUCUGCCUCUAGUUCCUCGUACAGUUCCAGCUCAGGGAGUAGCUGCUCUUCUUCUCGGUCUUCUUCUCCUAAAAGGAAAAAGAGACACAGUAGGAGUAGAUCUCCAGCUGUGAAAGCUCGAUGCAGCAGGAGCAGAAGCUACUCACACAGGAUGAAACUAGACAGCAGCAGGGCUAGAGUGAAGGUCAGAGACCGGAGGGGAUCUAACAGAAGUAGCAUGGAGAGAGAAAGACGACGGAACCGCAGCCCUUCCCGAGACAGACGCAGAAGUAGAAGUCGCUCAAGGGAUAGACGAGCCAAUCGUUCCAGUCGCAGUAGGAGUCGAGAUAGGCGUAAAUUGGAGGAUCAGCGUGGCAGUGCUAGUGCGAGCAGCCAUAAGCAUAAAGGUGAGGCUAAAGAACAGGAGAGGAAGAAGGAGAGGAGUCGGAGCAUAGACAGAGACAGAAAAAAGAAAGAUAAAGAAAGAGAACGUGAACAAGAUAAAAGAAAAGAGAAACAAAAAAGGGAAGAAAAAGAUUUAAAAUUUAUUAGUGAGGAUGAUAGGUUAAAAAGAAAGCGAGAAAGUGAAAGAACAUUCUCUAGGAGUGGCUCCAUAUCUGUUAAAAUCAUAAGACACGACUCCAGACAGGAUAGUAAGAAAAGUACUACCAAAGAUAGUAAAAAGCAUUCAGGUUCUGAUUCUAGUGGAAGGAGCAGUUCUGAAUCUCCAGGAAGUAGCAAAGAGAAGAAGGCUAAGAAGCCCAAACAUAGUCGCUCGCGGUCGGUGGAGAAACCUCAAAGGUCUGGUAAGAAGGCAAGCCGCAAACACAAGUCUAAGUCCCGAUCAAGAUCUACAACCCCUCCCCGUCGUAAGCGCUGAGGAAUGAUGUGGCAAGAGUGCCAUGAUGUUGUUUUAAAAAAUUCCAUGAGUUUUAAGGGCUUGUCUCAUUAUAGAGGCACAUUGUGGCUGUGUAGGUGAAACCAGAUUUUUUUUUUUAAUCUGUAAAUAGGUGUACUUUUUCCAAAUGCUGCUCCAAGUUAAUGGGAUUUCUUUGUAUUUUUUUUUCAAAAAAUAGUGCAUAAUAUGACUAUAAAUAUGACAUUCUCUUUCAGCUGUAAUGUUCUUAUAAUUAUUCUUGAAUGUACUGUGAUGUCAAUAAAGCUCUUUAGUUCAUUUUUGUUAAA